CACAUGUAUACCAUGAACUAUUGCAGAAUGGCAAGCUAUGAAGAUUUAUCACAAAUCAACAUUUCUAAAGAGGAAAAAGAGAAGCUGGUUGCCGAAGUUAUCCGUUAUGUUCUUUUUCGAACCCACCAAGGAAAUGGAUGCCCCAUAAAGAGGGAAGAAAUAACCCAAUUGAUAACUAAAAGCUAUCACCAAAGAUCUCUUCCAACACUAAUCAUCAAUGAGGCCAAAGAAAAGCUUUCUUUCAUCUUUGGCUAUGAGAUGAAAGAGCUUCAGCGUACACGUCCUUCCUCUAACAGGCAAAGCCGCACUUCUCAGCAGAGUGUUGCUGACACAAAAUCUUAUAUACUUGAGAGCCAAUUACCUUCUGAUAUCUACAAAAAAUUUGUUGAAGACAAGGGGACAUCUCAUCUUUCUGGGUUUACAUUUGUAGUGACCAGCAUCAUUCAUCUCGCUGGUGGUAAGAUCCCCGAAGAGAACCUUUGGCAUCAUUUAAGACGGAUGGGAUUAAGUGAGAGUGAUGAGAACCAUCCAGUGUUUGGGAACACCAAGCAAACAUUGGACUUGCUUGUGCAACAGAGAUUUCUACAGAAAGAGAAAACUAAUGGCCCUGAGGGAAAUGUUAUCGUUUAUGAGCUUGCUGAGAGAGCAUUAGAAGGAUCCGUUUAUAAGAAGUUGAAAGAUUCCAUAGUCGAGGUAAAUUCCUUAGAUCAUUAUUCUAUUUAUCUAAUUCCUAGAAUAUCUCCGCAAGCCCUCGUUGUCGCCCGCAGAUCGCAGCUCUUCGGACCUCGCCCCGCUCCGCAUCCCUCGAUCUACCGCACCUCGGCCCGCGAUCUACCGCACCUCGGCCCGCAGAUCGCAGUUCAGUCGUUCUCGCCCGCAGAUCGCAGAUCUCCGCACCUCGCCCCGCUCCGCAGCCCUCGAUCUACCGCAGAAAGGGUUUCUGCUCUGGAGAUUGAGCUUAGUGAUGUUAAGGAUUCGAUGGUGACAGUUGAUAUGGGAGAAAUUAAAGACUUAUGGGAAGAUUCUCCUCUUGCAGCUAAUGAGGAAGAGACACAACCAGUUCCAGUGGAUUCCGAAAUAGAGAUUCCAGUUAAGGUAACAGUAGCCGUUCUGGAAGGUAGUGACAUCAGUGUAAUGAGCGUUCAAGUAGAGUAUGAAACUGUGGUACCUCAAGAUACCGUUUCACAGGCGUUGAUAGAAGCUAUGACUGGACCGACCUUGGCUGUCCAGAAGGAUCACGAGCUUGAGGAGCCGACAUCAGAUACAAGACCACAAUAG